UAAUCUCGCCAGCGGAAGCGAGCAAGGUCAGAAAUCCAACAUGGCGGCCCGCGGUCUUCUGCGGUCCGUCUGGAGUUCAUUCACGUCUUUUAACUGUGGUAUAAGCGCACAGAUCAUUUCGCUGCAAAGGAUACAAGUGCCACCGUUGUCGCAUUCGGUUAGUCAGAGGAGAGGAAUCCGUCAAGUCGUGGAAAAGCGUGAGGGUCAAACGGUGACCAUGGAAGGAAAAAUAUUGGACACUGCAGCCGCACCCGAACCACCAAAUCCCACCGCCAAGUGUCCGAUCUAUAGAUGGAACCUGCAGAACAAAUACAACUACACUGAUGUAUUGCUGCUCAGUCAGUUCAUCAGAUCAGAUGGAGGGAUGCUGCCCAAAAGAAUCACCGGUCUUUGUCCUGAAGAGCAUCGCAAGGUUGCCGUGUGUGUGCAGAUGGCUCACAGAGCAGGUUUGCUUCCCGACCACCGACCCAAACUUCCAGAGGGCCACGUCCCGAAGCCCAAACCGCAACUCAACAGAUACCUGACCCGCUGGUCCAUUAGAUCUGUCAAGCCCAUCUACAAACGCGGGCUAAAGUGGUGCAAGAAACGCAUGGCGGUCGGAAGCCCUCUGCUCAAGGACAAUGUGCGAUACGGUCCCAAGCCCCUUCACAUUAAACACUGAAGAAUCCUUGCGCUGCAGCUAGUUGGUUUGUUUAAAAAAAAAAA